CUAUAGUGAAAUACACAAACGCACACAUUCAUCUUGCGCUCGAUGUCAUUGAUCAUCUGUUGAUUAUACAGAAUCACGGUUCGACUUCUCCGAAAGAAAAUUUUUCUGCUCCAUUCUCUUUAUCUUUAUCGUCAAAAUAUCAAAUGAUUACUGAUUACUGUGAAUUUUCGUGAGGAAAUAAAAUCAGUGCGAAUUGACAUCAACCACUCAAUCAUCUCUUCCAACUUUUACAUGAUUCCAAUAACGAUUAGACGUUACCAAUGUCUUCGUUCCAAACAAUAUUGCAAUUAGUGGCCGAAUAAGUACGUUGUUUUUAUAAUUAACAACAUCAAUGUUUCUUUAGAUAACAAUAGUGUUAGCAAUUAUUUUGCCGGAAAAUUUUUAAAAAGAGUAUCUAUGGUCAACAUAACAUAUCGAUAACAUGGCGAUAACGAAUCUUUUGCUGCUCAGCCAGAUAGCUGGAUAUGUGGUUGCUCUCAUUUUGUCAAUAUGCAUCAUUGUACCAAUGAGUCUGCAUCAAGAUGAAUUUAGGGGUCAUUGCCUACUUUUUUCAACUGGUACUUGGAGGGAAAGUGACGCACAGUUUGUAGCUAAUUGGGCAUCGCAGAUAUAUUGUAACUAUGCUAUAUUUGUUGGAUUGGUACUCUUUAUAACUUCAGCUGUACAAAUUUACCGCUUAUCCAUGCUCAUGUACAGAGGAGAAGACAGUUCUUUUUUGUCUGCUUUCAUUGACGUUAUAACAUCUGUCUUCCUAACUAGUAUUACACUAGUUGCAGCAUUAUUUAUAACACUAGGAUUUAUGACUUGGUGCAAAUGUAUGACGAAAAGGUUUCCCUCCUGCGAAUUGGCUGCUGGUAAUGACAUUGAUAAGGAGGACAAUAUAGACACAACUGGUUUUCACGUGGAAUUAGGUGCAGCACAAUUUGGAACAUGGAGUAGCUUAUCAGUUUGGGUAGGAUUAUCAGUAUUUGCUACGUUAAAGUUGUUGCGAUACCAUCAAUUGGAGAACAUGAAGGUGUCUAUGUACAGAGAAAGACAAAGAUUGAUAGAGGCAGCUGCUAGAGCUGGCACUAGCCAACCUCCAGAAGUUAAUUAAAUCUCAUGUUGAUGUAU